AAUCUUAUCACUAAACACAAAAUCUUAACCUACGCCAUUGCUAUUGAAAGGAUUAUCAUUCUUUUGAUAUAUCAAUUUACAGGUAAGUUAUUUUUUUUCCUGUGAUUUCUGGACAAUACUAAUUAUUUGAACAAAAUGAAAUCGAGUGAACAGAUCUUAGUUAAUCUCACUUAAUCUUCUUAAUAUUCAUACAGAUUAAAAAAAAAAAAAAGCAGGGCCAUUAAUUUGAUCAAAUUCUCUCAAGGAUAUUAGAUUAGAUUACUUUGAAUUUAAGUAUAAAAUAAUAUGUGUGAGACGUAAGUAUUAUUUUGAUUUUGUAACUUUAAUGUAAAUCAGGGUUGGGACUUUCGUUGUCUCUGCGUUGCUUAAUCCUUGAAAUUAUUCAUCUGUCCCGAAAUAUUAUAAGAAUCCAUUUUAACUUAAAUUUUCGAGAAUACUUUGUUUUUUGUUUUUCAUUUUAUGUUUACUGAUGUCAUUUUUUAUUUAUUCUCUCAUGAUUAUAAGUUAUGAUUAAUAAAAUUGAGAAGCAGUUGAAGCAUUUACUUAUUAAAAAUUCUGUGUACACAAACAUUUUUUUUUUCUUUAAAUAAUUUAAACCAUAAUGUAAAGAAUGAUCUGUACUUGUGUGUGUUUCCGAGUACAUGUAGUUAGUUUUACCUUUAAGAGCUAUACCAGUCCGUCUAAGUUAAUUGAGUUAGUUAUUAAGAAAAUUAUUUAGUCUUCAAAAUGAAAUUUAAAUAAAACAAAUAUUGAAUUUAGCUCAGCUCUUUUAUUUAGACUGAUGCUUUAAUUUAAAUCUUGACAGACACAGACACAGAGUUCCGAGAAUGGCGACACAGUCUGCUAUGCUGAUCAAUUUGCCGAAGCUCGUGGUAGACAGGUUUAGUGGGGAGAGAGGACACGCAUGGAUGAAUGGUGAGUUAUCAUUUAAAUGUUGGAAGUAUACGUAUAUAAAACAUAUUAAACGUUGUUUGUUGCUUUAAAUGUCAUUUUAAAAAAAAAGAUUUAGACACUAAGCAUGUUGCCACAAGGGGCAGAGGUUAAGCCGAGGUCAAACAUUCCAGGGUUCACGUGACGGUAUGCACGUGUAUGUGUGCGUUCAUGCAUGUGUGUGCUGAUGUGGUGUAUUGUACUAUGCAAUUCUGUCUGAUGGUGUGUUCUCGUGUUAUGGUCUAGUUAUGUGAUGGUGUCUUUAUGUGAUGGUGUCUUCAUGUGUUGGUGUCUUCAUGUGGUGGUGUCUUCAUGUGGUGGUGUCUUCAUGUGGUGGUGUCUUCAUGGGGUGGUGUCUUCAUGUGAUGGUGUCUUCAUGUGGUGUCUUCAUGUGUUCGUGUCUUCAUGUGGUGGUGUCUUCAUGUGGUGGUGUCUUCAUGGGGUGGUGUCUUCAUGUGAUGGUGUCUUCAUGUGGUGUCUUCAUGUGUUGGUGUCUUCAUGUGGUGGUGCGUUCAUGAGAUGUUGUUUUUUUUGUGUGUGUUCAUUUGAUGCGUGUCUUCGUGUGAUCUGUUUAUUUGUGAUAGUGUCUUCAUGGUAUUGUGUUCAUGUGAUGUGUUGUUCCUGUGUUUAUGUGCGAAAUAUCCUCUUCACAAAUCACCCGUAUAUGAGAUUUUUUAUGUCAACAUUGCAGGAGAUCUAAGUGCGCUCAACCAGUCUGUUGACGUCACAUGGACUGAGAUUUCACCAAUCACAACGUUAGCCAAUGGAGCUACUAGGAGGGUAUGUCAACAAAUUAUAUUAUGACUUUCAGACAUUUCCUGUACGGGGAAACUUAAUUUAAGAAUGAACAGAAGGUUAAAAUUUAAAGUUAAAAAUGAUGUAACAUAACAUAACAUAACAUACCAUAACAGAACAGAACAUAACAUAACAAGAAUAACAUAACAACAUAACAUAACAACUUGUAGUUUAUUCAUUCCAGUGAUGUUCCAGUCAUUUUAUUGUUGAAACUUAUUUGAUCUAGUUUCACUUGUAUAAACUUAUGUGAAACAUUUCAAUGGUUUAAAUAAUUUAGAACCACUCAUAGAUUUUUUUUUUUUGGUUCAAAUAUCGACUCAUCUUACAGGUGGAGCUAAAAUAUGCAGACCACCAACAGGAGAUCUAUAGUGAGCUCGGCUUAGUUCAGAAUGUAAAUAAAGCACAACUUGUUACACUGGGAGAUGUUGUCAUGACAGGUAGGUCCAGUACGCACUGGCCGUGUCUCACUAAAGUCUUUAUCUUUAAACAGUUGGUUUCCUUUCUUGGAACUUUUGACACAACUAGACAAAUAUAUUUUUAAAAUGCAUGAUAUCCACGUAGAUUCCUUCAUGUCAUUCUUGAGUAUGUUGUUUUCAAGACAGGUCGGUAGAUAAACUUUGGGUGCUGCCAUGAUGGGGGGAAAGUAACAUUUGGACUGGGUUAUUCUUUAAAAUACCAAAAGGAAGAGGUGAAAUUAAUUUUAAUGAAGUCAAAAUUUCAAUAUUUCAUUUUAAAAGGCUUGCCUCAGCCAAUCAGAUUGCCGCUUUCGGAGCUACCAACGGAAGUACGCAAUAUGUUUGGAGACGAGCUAAUCAUCCAAGACGAAGUCACGUGGGAGACUGAAUCAGAGCAGGAGGCACUCGAACUGAACAGCGAGCCUCAAAAUAAUGGACGAGCCAGAGGGGGCAGUCGUGUUGCCGUGGUGACGACUACAGAAUCGACAUGUACAUGUGGGUAUUGAUCUGUGCAGCGGUUCUCAAUUUAUAUUAAUGUCAAUUUAACUAUACUUUAAAUCUAUGUACUAAAUCAAAUUUUACACAUAAAUAUUUGAAAAUAUUGCCAGCUACCCUUAAGAAAACCGUCCAAGAAAACAAUUGUUAGUAAAAAUAUAUAUAUCAGAUGAAUGAUCAGUGGGGCUCCACCGAUUAAUCGGCAUAUAAUCUGCAAUCGGCCUAAUAUGCCGAUUUUUCGAUUAAUCGGUAAUCGGCUUAUCGGGACUGAUGAAUCGGUUAAUUGGUUUACUGGAAAAUCAAGAUUUGAGAAGUCCGUCUUGAUCCUUUCUAUCCAAUAAGACGUUUAAAAUCUGUGCCAAAAUGUGUCUAAAUUAGGUGUGUCUGAGACUCUGAAAAUGGCUUUACCCCCCCCCCCCUCCCGCUCCCACCCACCAACCCAAUGCACGUGACUUGAUAGACCAAAAAUGAAAAUUAGGGGUGCCGGAGGCCCUGAAAAUGGCUUUCCCCCCCCCCCCCUCCCGCUCCCACCCACCAACCCAAUGCACGUGACUUGAUAGACCAAAAAUGAACUUUCGUAGUGUUCCUUACCUGUCAAGACUUGAGAAGGGUCAUAUGACGUGAUAUCACGAGACGUGACGCAAAACACAGCUAAUAUCAUGGCUACUAAUGUGAUUGUUACUAAUAUCAUGGUUCCUAAUCUCAAGGCAACUAAUUUAACGGCUACUAAUCUCAUGGCUGCAAAUUUAAUGGCUACUAAUGACAUGGCUCUACUAAUGUAAUAGGUACUUAAUUCUGAUCACUAAUGUCACCUUAUGACAGCCAGUAACAGCCCCCCUCCCCCCCUCUUGCUGCUCGGCUUCAUAAGCUAUGGCAUAUGACCCUUGAAUGGCGCCAAGCCUUUCGUUCAAGCGAUGAUGCUUCUCAAAGUAAAGGCAUAGUUCUCGUUACAGCUUUGGACGCUAAGGGCCUGCUUAUCACGACAGCCACAGGAAGCAUAUUGCUCGCUUAAGGUCAAGGUUUCACUGACCUGGGUGACAUAAGAAACGCUUAUUUCUAUGUCUUUCAAAGCUAAAUAUACAAUAGAGUAAUCGAUCGGUGUUCGGAUAGUAUUCUAUAAGUAUCUAUUAGAUUUCAAACACAUUUUCAAAGAUAUCGAAAAACUAACUUGUCUUUCUUUAUUCAAAAAUCCUUCGCAACAGUGUCACAAAACUAAAAAAAAUCCUUGUGAAAUUGAAAGAUGAAACCUAACCUAACAAGCCAUUAUAACUUUGGAUUUAUUAUUUUCAGGUCGGUUUGAAUGCCAAGUCAAACUUAAAAACGCAGUUCCUUUUCAGCCGAGUCAAAAUAUUGUAGAUCAACGCUGCAUCGCAGACAUAGCAGACAUCAUAGACAUCCUAGAGGACCUGAAAUGUACCUUCCCGGAGGAGCUUGAAAAGUUGCACGUCUUUAGGAAGGCGGACACGCCCAGACAGAGAUCCCGCCAUUCAGCGGUCACCUGGACACUGACUGGGGAAUGUGAGUUCAGGUGGGAUUCUCAACCUGAUGUUCAAUGGACCUGAAUGACACCGUCCCUGUUUCAGAUAUUUGUUUCUGAUGGUUACUUAUUUUGAAUCAAACACAGUGGACACAUCAUUUGUAGAGGGGGAAAAAAAAGUAAAUCGAACAAAUUUUAAUUAAAAUAACAUCCCACAUGUGUUCGAUGAUG